AUGAGUCUCGCCGUCCAACAGUGCUUGCUAGAUGCGGUGGGCGGCAAUAUUUUGCUGGCCACAUUUCCAACCACACUUUUAUACCAACAACUCGACGUGAAGCCGUAUAAUCUGGAUCAUCCGGUGACUCCGGCUGCUGUCACGUUUCCCGAAACGAUCCAACAGAUCGCCAAUAUUGUUAGUUGCGCUGCGGAAGCAGAUAUCAAGGUCCAGGCCAGAAGCGGUGGUCACAGCUAUGCAAAUUACGGGAUUGGAGGCGUAGACGGCGCCAUCGUCGUCGACAUGCAAAACUUCCAGCAGUUCUCGUACGAUCCCACGACGCAUUACGCUACAAUCGGCGCCGGAACUCUGCUCGCAGAUGUAACUAACAAACUUGAUUCAGUCGGUCGAGCAAUGGCUCACGGCACCGGUCCACAAAUCGGAAUAGGGGGUCACGCGACCAUAGGGGGGCUUGGUCCAGCAUCGCGGAUGUGGGGAUCAGCAUUAGAUCAGAUUGAGUCGGCCCAGGUCGUGUUGGCAAAUUCGAGCAUCGUGACAGCUUCGGCUACAGAAAACUCGGACCUCUUCUUUGCCAUUCAAGGAGCGGGUGCGAGUUUCGGCAUCGUGACUGACUUCACUUUCCGUACGCAACCAGCACCAGGAGAGGCAGUUCAGUACCAGCUCCUUUUCAACCUCGGGGACACAGCUUCGCGAGCCGAUACUUUCAAGGCAUGGCAAAAAUUGAUAUCCGAUCCCGAUUUGCCGAGAGAGUUUGCCAGCAACGUGAUUCUCACAGAGGGAAUUCUUCUUAUCCAAGGCACUUACUUCGGCACAAAAACAGAAUUCGACGCCUUCCAGCUCGAGAGCAAGUUUCCCGCCAACCAAGGAUUCAACACCACUGUAUUCAACGACUGGCUUGGGCUGGUUGGUUAUUGGGCCGUCGACGCCGUGGAGGAUGUCGGCGGUGGGCUUCCGGUGCAUUUCUAUGCCAAAUCGUUGCCUUUCACCAAUAAAACUCUCAUACCGGAUGAUGUCGUUGAUGACUUCUUUGAGUACCUAGACACCGCAGACAAGGGCACAUUGACAUGGGUGAUCUUCCUCGAUCUUGAGGGCGGUAAAAUCAGCGAUCCACCCGUAGAUUCAUCAGCCUACUUCCACCGUGAUGCUUUGUUCUGGAUCCAAACAUAUGCCAUCGAUCUUCUCGGCCCAGUUUCCGCAACAACGAAAACCUUCUUGAACGAUAUCAACGAUAUCUUCAUAACCAAGAUGCCCAACCCACCCUAUGGUGCUUACGCGGGCUAUGUCGAUCCCGAGUUGGCCAACCCGCAAGACGAAUACUGGGGCAGUAACCUUGAGCGGCUCAUUCAGAUCAAGGCCGCAGUCGAUCCUCAGGAUGUCUUUCACAACCCCCAGAGCGUACCAGUUAAGUAG